AUUAUGUAUAUUCACAACUAUGACUAUUGCAUUUUAGGCGCUUGGCCAUGGAUCGCUGCAUUAGGUUUUCGUAAUCCCCGAAACCCAGACAAACCACUAUGGAAGUGCGGAGGUUCCCUGAUAUCGGCUAGGCAUGUUUUGACCGCAGCACAUUGUGCACAUAUGGAUGGAAUAGAAAACAUACACAAUCAUAAUAUUGCCAUUCUUAGAUUGGUGGAGGAGGUGCCAUUUUCGAGGUACGUAUAUCCCAUUUGUACGAAAGAGCCCCUACGAAAGAGCAACUUCGUCGGCUAUAACCCCCUUGUUGUUGGAUCGGGAGCAUUAAGAUAUAGACGACCACGACGUAAUGCAUUAAUGGAAGUACAAAUGCCAGUGAUUAAGAACGCCGAAUGCAAAAUAGCUUAUUCCAAAUUUCCUAAUGCACCUGAUAUCACUGAUGGUAUAAUAUGCGCCGAACAUGCUCAGGGUGGAGAGGAUUCUUGUACGGCUGACCGCGGCGGACCACUGCUGAUACAACAUGAAUUAACCUCGUAUUUAAUAGGUAUUGUGUCUUAUGCUUAUAAGUGCGGCACAGCUGGGUAUCCCAGCGUUUACACUAGGGUCACAUCGUACCUUGACUUCAUUCUCCAAGCGAUGCAAUAAUAUGAUAUUACUGUUCCAUAAAUAUCAUUGUGUAAAAAACGUAAAGUUGGAUUUUCUUAUUGUGGAGAUAAGAAACAGCUCAAAUUUACAUUGUUUUGUACGUUACAAAUUAUAGGCUUAAAAUGUACGAAAUGUAACUUUGAAACGACACUAAUCUUUUACGCACGAUAAACCUCCACGACUUAGGUAUGUAAAGAUGAUAAACGUAUAUUAAUUCUAUAAAUUUGGUAAUAAUAAACCAACUUUCUGAGAAGUUCUGUAAAUUUCGUUUCUGUUGUAUCAAGAGAAUAAUGGAAUAUUCCACUUAGAUCGUAUACUUCUUGUACGUACGUACAAAAUUUUCCGGCUAAUCUAAAACACUUCAUAAGAUAGAGAGCUUCUGGAAAUUCGGACACAGAGAG